ACCAAACUGAAUUUGCAAGAUAUCAGUAACACUUAAAAGUGCAGAAUCAUCAUGAGCCAAGAACAACCAGAGAGACCAAAAAGAGAUGAAUUCCCGGAACAAGAACCAAUCAAAUACGGCGACGUAUUCAACGUCUCAGGAGAAUUAGCAACACAACCAAUCAAACCAAAAGACGCAGCUCUAAUGCAAGCAACAGAGAAUCAAGCCUUAGGACAAACCCAAAAGGGCGGCCCUGCUUCCGUAAUGCAAUCAGCCGCCGCCGUAAACACUGCCGCCGGUUUGGUAAACCGCGAAGACAUCUCAGACAUAGCAAAAAACCAAGGCGUGAGUGUCUCCAAUAUGAAAGUGGGUGGAAACCGCGUGAUUACAGAGUCGGUUGGAUCGCAAGUUUUAGGACAGUUUGUUGAACCAGAUGUGCCAAUGAAUGACCCUGGUUUGGUUUUGGAUCCAGAGGCUAUUACGAUUGGUGAGGCGCUGGAAGCAUCGGCGUUGAGUCGAGCCGGUAAUAAGGCGUUGGAUCAGAGUGACGCAGCUGCAAUACAAGCCGCUGAAAUGAGAGCUACUGGUAGGAAUCAUACUGAGCCUGGUGGGUUGGGAGCCAAUGCUCAGGCAGCAGCAACUAGGAAUGCUCGUACUAUGCCUCUCCAGAAAACAACUUUGGGUGAUGUCGUAUCGGGUGCGAGGGAGAAGUUACCAGAGGACAAGGCUGUAACACGAGAGGAUGCCGAGGGUGUGAUUGGAGCAGAGCUUAGAAACAAACCCAACAUGAGAACUACUCCCGGUGGUGUCGCUGCAUCCCUCGCUGCGGCCGCCACGCUCAAUCAAAACUCGAACAAAUGGUGAUACUUGGAAUGGAGACAGAGUUUGAGUCAGUGUUGUUUGUAAAACUACAAUAGUCCUAGUAGUCUUUGUGUUAAAGAAACGUUUAUUCCACUCGUUUGUGUGUAUUUGGGCCAAUCUACUUACUGAAUAGAAGAAUAUCAUGUUACUUUAGGCAUUUUUUUUUUGCUUUUCUUUUUUAACUAGAUAACAGAUAGAAUAUUACUACAUACAUGAUGUGCAUAGAGAUAAGAAGGUUGUUCUUCCCCUAAAAACACGGCUGAUUUUGGUAGUCUUUUGCCACUUGUGAAUAAAAGUAAACAUUGGGACUUUA